GCGCAGGCGCAGGAGGGCGGUACCACGGCGGCUGCGACAUGGGGGGGCGCGGAGGAGACGCCGGAAGUAGCGGUGGUACGGGUCCGACCGAGGGGUACUCACCGCCGGCAGCGUCCACCCGGGCGGCGGCAAGAGUCAAGGCCCGAGGGGGUGGGCGUGGCGGCCGCCGGAACACGACCCCGUCGGCUCCCUCGCGCAGUGCGGCGCCGCGGCGCUCCCUUCCACCGGCUGCCAUGAGCGAGCGCCUGCGCCCCAGGAAAAGGAGAAGGAAUGGCAAUGAAGAGGAGAACCAUCUUCCCCCCCAGACCAAAAGAAGUAGCAGAAACCCUGUCUUUCAGGAUUCCUGGGACACAGAGACAGUGCCUGUAACGAAAAACAGUAAAGAGAACAGACUAAGAGGAAACAAAGCGUUCUGCGCGGUGGGUUUCUCCUCCAGUGCAGUGACCUCCUUGUUAAACACUGACUGCCGGUGCAUGUGCCGCUCUGGGUUGUCGUACCAGUCCUCGAGCAGUGACAGCGGCGGCAGCAGCAGCAGCAGCAGCAUCCACAGCCCAGACAGGGCCAGCGGGGCUGAGAGCAGCUUGAGCCAGAGCAUGGCGGGGUCCAGCCCCAACACCCCUCAGCCCGUGCCCGAGCAGUCUGCACUGUGCCACGGCCCUUACUUCCACAUCAACCAGACCCUGAAGGAGGCGCACUUCCACAGCCUGCAGCACCGAGGGCGGCCUCCGACAUGACGCGCCGGCUUCCUGCCUUCUGUGAAGGGACAGUGCUGUGCAGAUUUUUCAGCUUACGAUUUGUUUAAAAAAAAAUUGCACACACACACAAAAUGCCUGUUGGCUUUUCCGUCUAUAUUUGAAAUAACAGGUUAACAGGCAGUUGUUUACUUGUGGUUUUGCUGCACUAUUGCAAUUUCAAAGGGGCUUUGAAGCAAUUUUUUAUAAGAUUCUUUUGAGGGAGGAAUCAGGUCCGUUUCCAGGUAGUGGUAUAAGGAAGUCUCAUCUGCGUGUUGUAUCCAUAGUAUGUCCAGUUCAGACUGAUCGCCAGACCUGUCAAGUAGAAUUCUACUUUAUGUAAAAGGGCCUUUUAAAAAUGCGGGAUCUUCAAUUUUUUAACUCAAUAAACUAGUAAAGAGUAUCUAGUUUCCAUGAGAAAACAUACCUUUUUUCCAAAAUGUAGAGAGCUUGAUUCAGUCUUGCACUGAAGUUAACUGCCAUACUACCUCUUAGUGUGUAGACGUGCUAUUGCAAGGACUCUGCUUCCCAAGAGGACGCCCAGGCUGACUGUGUGAGCGCCCUCCCCGGGAACGGCCUCCCGGCCUCCCGCUGCCUGUUACGCGUCGACUUCCAGGGAGAAUCUCCUUCAGACUCUGGGGCACCCAGAUCUCUCCUGUGUCAGUGCCCCCAUCUGCACCGCAGACUGGGAGAAAACACGGCACAGCUCCAGUCGAGCGAUGCGUGAUGACGUGCGUGUCACGCACUUGCUCUGUCAGCAGCCUGUAUGGUCUGGCACUGGUGCACGCUGAUAAGCAGCAGACGCUAUCUGCACUGAUGCAGACUUGACAAGUACAGUGAGCUCCUGCACAGGGAUUCACUCUGUGCUUAAAGCGACCCGGGCAGGAGCUAGGGGCUACACUCCCUCCUCGAAACUGGAACGGCUGGUGUGGCCACGGACAAACGAGCGGGGGCCUCUUUAGAAGUGAUGCAGUAGUAUUUAUUUAGAGGCGGAUAUGUUCCCAGGCUACUUAGUCAUACUGGACAGCCAGCCAAGCUUGAAUAACGACGGCGCAGACGUGUCGUCUUCCUCGCUCACGAGCUGUCUGAACAGGGAGCCGGCGUGCGUCAUCGGGUCCUCCGCUCGGGAGAGCGCUGGGGGGUCAGCCUGCCGUGGGAUGCAGAGGAAAGUGCCUUAACGUCCACCCGAGCCUCCGCCUCACCCGCCCCUGCACUCGGAGUCCUCCCGAGCCUCCCGCCUCACCCGCCCCUGCACCCGGAGUCCACACAGCGCACACGGGGGAGCUGAGAAGCAGGGGGAGCUCGGUCCAGACUGCUGUGUGUCGAGAUGUGAGGACUUAGCGAACAGCACGACUGUCGCCGGCAAAGGGCAAACAGGCGGCCCCUCCGCGCCGCCGCCUCGCGCACGGAUAAAACGUAAGGCUGGCCGCGUGAGGUGGGGCGCGGCGUGGAGGGCAGUCGGCAAGGCCUGUGCUUACCCGGUGAGUGGUUCUAGCAAGCAUUUUCUUUUCCACUGCCAUCUCUCAAAUUUUAAAACCAGAUGUUUGAUGAGAAUUCUUGAGGGUCUAUGGCAGGGAACAUGGCAGGGACACACUGCUAAUGUUUUGUCUAACAGUACAGCCAACACAACUACACGCUGUAGGGAGACAAGCCGUUUGCGCUCUCAAAGACACACAAACACAACACCGUUCAGAAAUACCAAGGAGGACUCCUGCAGGCUUAAUGGAUGGCAUCCUACUGGAACAAAACGUGUGUGAACAAGAAAACGUAAAACUUCAGGCAGCAACCUUGUUUCCCACCAAGUACAAGUCAGGAGGGUCCUACUCCGACCACCAGAACCAAGUUUUCCAAGUCAACAGGCACGCUGCUGUGCGGGCAGCUGCGUCUCCACCCUGCCCUGCGUAUUUUCUAGGUAACCUUUCUAUUGGGAGGCCACAUGGGCAUCUUUUAAAACUUCUGUUAGCUCAAGCUAGUAAAACCUUGUACUUCUCUGUUGCGUCGCCAUUAAAAGCAUCAUUAGUGUA